UGAAUGAGCCAGGCAAGAGGCUGCUGAAGAAACAGCUGAUUUCCAUGUCAUUUGCAUGAACCCUGCUGUGAAAUGAGCCAAGCCCGGACUGGUCGGAUACUUCCUCCUCUCCCUUGCUGAGCACUCCAGAGCCAUUGUUCCUGGGUCGUCGAAUUGUGUCCUGUCCUCCUCUUGCCAAGGCAAACAUCCAUCCCAGUCUCAGAGGAGGCAUCCCCAAGCUCAUCGGCCGGCCUGAACAUGAACAUGGGCAAAGCUGACGCUUGCGAGCGCGCCCAAGGGACAUGGGUCCCCAUGGGAUCCAGUCUCCAGAAGCAGGACCUCUCAUGAUGCUGGUGUCUGGGAGUGAGCACCAUGCCCAUCACCCAGGACAAUGCCGUACUGCACCUGCCCCUCCUGUACGAGUGGCUGCAGAACAGCCUGCGGGAGGGUGGGGACAGUCCCGAGCAGCGGCUCUGCCAGGCGGCCAUCCAGAAGCUGCAGGAGUACAUCCAACUGAACUUGGCUGUGGAUGAGAGUACAGUCCCACCUGAUCACAGUCCUCCAGAGAUGGAGAUCUGUACGGUGUACCUCACCAAGCAGUUGGGGGACACUGAAACCGUGGGGCUCAGUUUUGGGAACAUCCCUGUUUUCGGCGACUACGGUGAAAAGCGUCGAGGGGGUAAGAAGAGGAAAACCCACCAGGGUCCAGUGCUGGAUGUGGGCUGCAUCUGGGUGACGGAGCUGAGGAAGAACAGCCCAGCAGGGAAGAGUGGCAAAGUGCGACUACGGGACGAGAUCCUGUCCCUGAACGGACAGCUAAUGGUUGGAGUUGACGUCAGUGGGGCCAGUUACCUGGCUGAACAGUGCUGGAAUGGCGGCUUCAUCUACCUGAUCAUGCUGCGGCGCUUCAAGCACAAAGCCCAUCUGACUUACAAUGGCAACAAUGGCAGCCUCAGCUCAGAACCGGGAGAGACGCCUGCCUUGGAGCUGGGUGACCAAACCUCCAAAAAGGGGAGAAGAACAAGAAAGUUUGGCGUCAUUUCCAGACCCCCUAUCAACAAGGCCCCCGAAGAGCCCAAGAGCAGCAGCGGCUGUGAUGUGGCCGAUGACCCCAGCUCUGAGUUGGAGAAUGGCACAGACCCCGAACUCGGAAAUGGCCAUGCCUUUGAGCUAGAGAGUGGCCCGCAUUCUCUCAAGGAUGUGGCUGGACCCCAUCUGGAGAAGUCAGACGUGGACAGGGGAGCAGAGCUCAGAAUUCCAAAUGCAGAAGCUCCCCUGGGGGCCAGCAAUGACAAACGCCGCCUUUCAAAGGCUGGGAAGACCGACUUCCAGUCCAGCGACUCCCUGGCACGGGAGGAAGUUGGCCGGAUAUGGAAGAUGGAGCUGCUCAAAGAAUCAGAUGGGCUGGGAAUUCAGGUUAGUGGAGGCCGAGGAUCAAAGCGCUCGCCUCACGCUAUCGUUGUCACCCAAGUGAAGGAAGGAGGUGCCGCUCACAGGGAUGGCAGGCUGUCCUUAGGAGACGAACUGCUGGUGAUCAAUGGUCACUUACUGGUCGGGCUCUCCCACGAGGAAGCUGUGGCCAUUCUGCGCUCAGCCACGGGGAUGGUGCAGCUGGUGGUAGCCAGCAAGGAAAGCUCAGCGGAGGACCUCCUGAGGUUAACAUCGAAGAGCUUACCCGACCUGACUAGCUCAGUGGAGGACGUGUCCUCCUGGACAGACAACGAAGACCAAGAGGCAGACGGAGAAGAGGACGAGGGGACAGGCUUGGCCGCCGUCCGGGGCACGAUGCCGGAGUCAGAAGAAUCCCAGGACGUAGGCAGCUCUGAGGAAUCCCAGGGGAGCUUGGAAAGUCCCAAACAAGGCAACAGCAAAAUGAAGCUUAAGAGUCGUCUCUCAGGAGGUGUCCACCGCCUAGAGUCUGUUGAGGAAUAUAAUGAGCUGAUGGUCCGCAAUGGGGACCCCCGGAUCAGGAUGCUGGAGGUCUCCCGAGAUGGCCGGAAGCACUCUCUUCCCCAGCUACUGGAUUCUACUGGGACAUCACAGGAAUACCACAUCGUGAAGAAGUCUACCCGCUCUCUGAGCACCACCCAUGUGGAAUCUCCAUGGAGGCUCAUUCGGCCAUCUGUUAUUUCCAUCAUCGGGCUGUACAAAGAGAAAGGCAAGGGCCUUGGCUUUAGCAUUGCUGGAGGCCGAGACUGCAUUCGAGGCCAGAUGGGGAUUUUUGUCAAGACCAUUUUCCCAAACGGAUCAGCCGCGGAGGAUGGCAGACUCAAAGAAGGAGAUGAAAUCCUAGAUGUAAAUGGUAUACCAAUAAAGGGCUUGACGUUUCAAGAGGCCAUUCACACCUUCAAGCAAAUCCGAAGUGGGUUGUUUGUCCUCACGGUGCGCACGAAGUUACUCAGCCCCAGCCUCACGCCAUGCUCCACUCCCACACACAUGAGCAGGUCGAGCUCCCCAAGCUUCAACACCGGUGGGGGACCCCCAGCAGGAGGAGGCGCUGAUGAAGGCGGUUCCUCCUCCCUGGGGCGGAAGGCUCCUGGGCCCAAGGACAGGAUUGUCAUGGAAGUCACACUCAACAAAGAGCCAAGAGUUGGAUUAGGCAUCGGUGCCUGCUGCUUGGCCUUGGAAAACAGCCCUCCGGGUAUCUACAUUCACAGCCUGGCCCCUGGAUCAGUGGCCAAGAUGGAGAGCAACCUGAGCCGGGGCGACCAAAUCCUGGAAGUGAACUCUGUGAAUGUGCGCCAUGCAGCCUUAAGCAAAGUACAUGCCAUCUUGAGUAAAUGCCCACCAGGACCCGUUCGCCUGGUCAUCGGCCGACACCCUAAUCCAAAGGUUUCCGAACAGGAAAUGGAUGAAGUGAUAGCACGCAGCACUUACCAGGAGAGCAAAGAAGCCAACUCCUCGCCUGGCUUAGGUACCCCCUUGAAGAGUCCAUCUCUUGCCAAAAAGGACUCACUCCUCUCUGAAUCCGAGCUCUCCCAGUACUUCACCCACGAUGGGCAGGGCUCCUUGUCAGACUUCGUGGUGGCUGGCUCUGAGGAUGAGGACCAUCCCGGGAGCGGCUGUAGCACCUCUGAUGAUGGCAGCCUGCUUCCCGGACCCGCUGCUCACAAGGAGCCAGGGAAAGCCAGGGCCAACAGCCUUGUGACACUUGGAAGCCAGAGGCCCUCUGGGCUCUUACACAAGCAAGUGACAGUGGCCAGGCAAGCCAGUCUCCCUGGAAGCCCACAGGUCCUCAGGAACCCCCUCCUCCGCCAGAGGAGGGUUCGCUGCUAUGACAGCAAUGAUGCCAGCGAUGAGGAGGACUUUGAUGGUGAGGGGGACUGCAUUUCACUCCCAGGAGUCCUCCCAGACCCCAGCAGGCCUCUGCUAGAGGUUGACACGAGGCCGGCCUUGACAGCCUCUUCCAAAAGCGUCGAUGUGAGCAAGCAGGAGGAAGGACCCCAGAAACCGCUGGUCAGCAAGGCCUGCUCUGUGCCUCUCCUCGGCAGCUCGCUCUACUUAGAGCACAGCAUCCCUGAUGGAAUGGUGGGUACUCCUCCUAAGGCAGCCAGCCUGCCAGGGUCUGUAGAAACCCCCAAGAGUGGACCUGGAGUCUCUGGGAGAAAGGAGCUGUCAGGGUCAAGAAGUUCCCCGAAGCUGGAAUACAGAGUCCCUGUAGACACCCAGAGCCCAAGGAGCCCAGAACACCCCACCUCCCCACCACAGAAGAAUGAAAAUCUGGUGCCCAGACACAAGCCUGUGGCCAGGAUCAGCCCACAUUACAAGAGGUCUGAUGUUGAAGCCCCAAGUGGAGCAGCCAACGGACCGUGUGGUCAGGACUUGACAAUCCAGGUUCCAUCCAUGAAAGAUGCCAUCACUGACCAUCAUCAGCCGAGUGGAGCUGCAGAGAAGGAACUUUGGGGAAAUCCCACCCCGGGGGACAGAUAUGUCCCCACCAACUGUGGACCAGCCCGUACCCUAUGCCACCCAAACACUGGACUCCCCACAGAGAGCCUGCAGGGAGCUGCACCAGAGUGUGAGCCACACCCUGAGACUGGACGGGAUGGCUCCUCAGCCCACCUUUCCCCAGGGAAGAACAGGGAAGCUCACCCUGACUGCGGCAAGACCUCCACAGUCACAGAGCAGCACGUCGGCCAGCCUGUGCCUCCCAGGACCACGGAGCCUGAGUCCCAGGGCAUAUCUAAAGUGAAACCAGCCAGAGAGCAGAACACGGGUCCCAGGGACAAGGCCUUGGCUCCUCCUGACUUCAGCAGGACUCGGGCUGUACCUGGGGACAGCUCUCCCAACACCAAGAGAGCAGCUGUCCCCGUGAGCACAGGAGCAACACCAGCUACUGCCGUCCCUCAUGUCUCCCUUAUGUCCCAAGAAAGGAGCCGAGGGCCCACCAGGGCCUUGGAAACAACGGGACUCUGCACACCUAAAAGCUUCAAGGAUGGUGCUCAGCUUGAAGAUAGAGCUUGUGUGUCUGGGAAGACGUCAGGUGCCAGCCCCUCUCUGCCAGUGGCUACGGACAGGACCCUGUCAGGGAGCAGAGAGAGCCCCGUGACAGACAUUGACAACUUCAUCAGGGCAGCCUCUGAGGCAAGGUCACAGUCUUCUCAGAAAGCAGACCGCAGGUCUCACCCAGGCAAUUUUAAGGACCGGCCACCGGAAGGAGCUGGGGAUGGCAGUUCCCACCACGCCCAGACAGUCAGGAGUGACCAGACAUCCUCCCCAGCGAAGGCUGGGGGCACAGGCUCACCCCCGCCCCCACAGUGGGCCUCCCAGCCUUCCGUUUUGGAUUCCAUCCACCCUGACAAACAUUUUGCUGUGAACAAGAACUUUUUGAACAACUACUCCAGAAAUUUUAGCAAUUUCCAUGAAGACAGUAUCUCCCCGUCGGGCCCGGGGGACAGCACAGAACCAUCUCUCUCAUCCAUGUAUGGUGACGCCGAAGACUCAUCUUCGGACCCCGAGUCUCUUGCCGAAGCCCCACAAGCAGCUGCCGGGAAGAGCUGGUCACCUCCCCAUCCUCACGGGUCCUCUCCCAAGGCAGGUACUAGUGAGUCUGAGGACGAGCAGAUAGAAAUCUGCGCCGCGGGUGGUUGCCCUGCCACCCCGGUGACUGCCCAUCCCCCUGCCCAGGCUGCGCUCCAUCGAGUUCUACCACUCCAGCACAGUGCUCUGAGGGAGCCGGUGGGAGACUCCUGUGAAAAAGCCUGCUUCUUGCCGGGCCCCUCCCACACUGCCACCCCAAGCUCUUCCCAGCCAUUGUCCUUCCUGGAUGCGAGCUCUCCGGAGCACGAGACGCGGGUGGGCAUAAAUGCUUCACAGAGCCACGGGUCCUUACGCACAGAAGAAACCAUGGCCCCCACCAUGAGCAAGAGCUCACUCAUGGGAGACAGUCAGUCUUCUGAAAUGACCAGCCGUGGUCACAACCCGCCCUUGGCGCUUAGGAGCCCAACCAUGGUAAAUGGCUUGGAACGUGACCUGCUGGAUGGGGGGACCCCACACCAAGAAGCAGUUGCUGCUAGCGUGAUGCACAGUGUGUACACCCUGGGUGCCGAGGGCCCCAAGAAUGGGGAGGCUGUCUUGGCAAACCUACACAUCGCCGAGAAUCGCAACCUGGAUGACUUACUACAGAAACCAAAAACCAUCUCCAGGAAGCCCAUCAUGGCCUGGUUUAAAGAAAUAAAUAAAAAUGGCCAGGGUACACAUUCGCAAAGCAAAUCUGAGAAGGAACAGUCAUUGAUGCUGCCUACGAGUCCGGGCUGCACCAGCCACAGCAAGGGGGUGGCUGUGCCUAAGAGUCCUCCUCCACUGCACAAGGGUCCGGAAAACAAAGACCUGCCCAAGAAAAGCCCAGUGGAAACACUAAGUAACUGUCAGAAACCCAAGUACGGCCCUAAGCUGAAGAAACUGAAUGGCAAAAGCAAAGUGGGGCCUGAGGCCCCUGUGGCCAGCUCUGGGAAGGCUAAUGGGACCGAUCACAGGAAGACCUUGAUUUCCCCUCAGGCCUCCCAUAAAAUGCUUUCUAAGGCAGCAUCACACCGGCUCCACAGAGCUGACCAAGAAGAGCCGAGCAACACUCCUGUGGAUACCCCCAAGCCUCCCCAGAGCAUAUCUGAGGGCAAGCCACCCCUGGCUGCCUCUGGGUCACCGAGGACCUCGGCGUCAGACACCAGCAUCCGAACCUUGACUUUACCCCUGACCUCCCCCAAGACUCUCCCUGAGCAAAGUGCAAGCGGUAGGUUCCACGUGGCUAUCUCCUCGGAAUCUGACACAAGCUGUCCAACCACUUCCAGGUCCCCUGGGUGUGGAGCAGAGGGCAAGGUGCCCCAGGGUGACUCUGGGUCAGCCAGCCCCACAGCACCAAGGAGCAGCAUGGCCUUGGCGGGGGUCAGACAGGGCAAGCAGUUCACGCUCAGCCAAGUGGACUUGGUGGUGUCAGAAGCAGCCCAGCCCCGGGGGAUCGGUGAGAAAGGAAGUGAAAACACUAAUGAUCCCCUCGAAAAGAUGAACCCGCUGAAAAUAGUUGAUAUUUCUUCUGAAAGAAUGCCAAAGAAUGCAUGUGGUGACAAGCCACCUGACAGUGACAGACAGGGAGGGUUCUUGACCCAGAGCGGCUGUCAGGAAAAGAGUGGAAUCAGCCUCUGGCCGUCAGCAGGAUCAUCCCCAAAACACCCACCCCCUCCUCCCUCUCACACCUCCCAGGUGGAGCGGGAAAUGCGCAGGUCCUUGGGCAUGGCCAAACCAGCCUCCUCCCCUGCUAAAACGCCAGAUUCCUCCCAGGGCCGAUCAAGCCAGAUGCCAGCCUCCCUAGGGGUGCCCAGGAAUGGUGUACCCAUGGGCCCUGGGGGAGAGGAGCAACCCUACUUCACACCCAGGCCAGCCACCAGGACUUACUCCAUGCCAGCUCAGUUCUCAAGCCACUUUGGACGAGAAGGUCCUUCCCCACCCAGCCCAAGUCGCUCGCCUCAGGACCCCCAGGUCCCUGGGACGAGUGUCAGUCUCUCGGAGGCAAAGACAGCCAAAGGCAUGACUAAUGGACAGGGUAUGUACAGUGUGAAGCCUCUGCUGGAAACGGCAAAGAACCUGCCGCCAAUGGAUGGCGGGGAUGGCGGUGCUGUCCCUGAGGCGAGCUGCCCCAUCCCAGACAAAGUCAAAGCCACCAGGAGACAUUACUGCCAUGAGCAGAGUUGGCCCCAUGAAUCUACCUCGUUUUUCUCUGUAAAGCAGAGGAUCAAGUCUUUCGAGAACCUGGCCAAUUCUGACCGGCCUGCAGCCAAAUCUACAACAUCCCCAUUCUUAGCUGUGAACUCCAAGCCUCCCAUUGGCAGACGGUCAUCUGGCAGCAUCCCUUCAGGGAGCCUCAGCCACCCCAGUGAUGUGACAGCAAGGUCCCUGAGAAGAAGCCUCAGUUCCUGCAGUGAAAGUCCGAGUGAAGCCAUCAGCCUCCUUCCGCAGAUGACCAAGUCCCCGUCCAGCACGACGCUGACUGUCUCCAGGCAGAAUCCACCAGAGCCUAGCCACAAGGGCCCCAGCUCAGACCCAAAGAAAUCACUUGUCCCCGUGGGAAUCCCCACCUCAACAGUGACCCCAGCCUCACCCGUGAAGAGGAACAAGUCCUCAGUGCGCCACGCCCAGCCUUCCCCUGUGUCCCGAUCCAAGCUCCAGGAGCUGAGAGCCUUGAGCAUGCCAGACCUGGACAAGCUGUGUGGUGGGGAGGACUACUCUGCUGGUCCAGGCACCGUGCUCUUCAGAACCCAGCUGGAAAUCAUCCCCAGAAGGUCACCUGGUUCCCCGGCUACCUCUCCGGCCGGCUCCCCAGCUCGAGGCCAUCCAGGCCUGGACGGACCAGCCUCCCUCCCAUGUCCUACAAAUGGUAGGACCAGAGCCUACCCAGGAGGAAACAGCUCUCCAACCAGUGAGCCUAUAGUACCCGCUGGAGCCAAGGAAGGGGAUGAACCCGUGCGGGCCCUGCCUUCCGGAAGAAGCUGGUCGGUGAGUUUGGAUCAACUCCUUGCCUCAGCGGGGGACCAGCAGAAAUUACAGGCCGUUUUAUCGUUGGUGGGGUCAAAAUCUACCAUUUCUACUCUCAUUCAGGAAGCGAAGGCACAAUCAGAGAAUAAAGAAGACACUUGCUUCAUAGUCUUGAAUAAAAAAGAAGGCUCAGGUCUGGGAUUCAGUGUGGCAGGAGGGUCAGACGUGGAGCCAAAAUCAGUCAUGGUCCACAGGGUGUUUUCUCAGGGUGUGGCUUCUCAGGAAGGGACUGUGAGCCGAGGGGAUUUCCUUCUCUCCAUCAAUGGCACUUCCUUGGCUGGUUUAGCCCACAGCGAGGUCGUGAAGGUUCUGCACCAGGCCCAGCUGCACAAACAGGCCCUCAUGAUCAUCAAGAAAGGCAAUGAGUAUCCCAGGCCCUCCCUCAGGCAGGAGCCUCCCUCUGCCAAUGGAAAGGGUCCACUCCCCAGAAAGACCUUGCCGCUGGAGCCCGGGGCUGGGAGAAAUGGAGCUGCUCACGAUGCUCUGUGUGUUGAAGUGCUGAAAACCUCAGCCGGGCUGGGACUGAGUCUGGACGGAGGCAAAUCAUCCGUGUCUGGAGACGGGCCCCUGGUAAUUAAGAGGGUGUACAAAGGUGGCGCAGCGGAACAAGCUGGGACAAUAGAGGCUGGCGAUGAAAUCCUCGCUAUCAAUGGGAAACCUUUGGUUGGGCUGGUGCACUUUGAUGCCUGGAAUAUUAUGAAGUCCGUUCCAGAAGGGCCUGUGCAGCUAGUGAUUAGAAAGCACAGGAAUUCGUGAGUUUUAACAGGGAUCUCCUCCCCCAGAUUCACUUCUUUUAACCAAUCAGAAUGACUUCUUUUAAUGACGGGUUCUUGACUCAACCAACAGCUUCUACAGAUGUCCCCGAUUGUACUUUACAUGAAGCCUGGACUCCGGAAACCUCCUUCCCGGACCACCGAGGCUGGGGAGUGUCAUUUCGUUCAGUGCCUGCCCCGCCCCCGCCCCGCCCCGCCCCCUUACAUUUGCAGUGCGAUCAAGAGCUCUGCUCUUCUUCUGGAACACCUAGCUACACCUUUGCAUCCCUCCCCCCUUACCACUCCCCAGCAUCAGUCCUGGUGAGUAGGGACCAGGGUAACUGGUAACACAAAUGCCCCAGCUAAAAUGAUGUAUGAAUGUAGAUUUAUAUAAUUUUGUAAGUCAAUGGCACAGUGCUUUUAGGUACGUACCUGCAGUGGAAGGCAGAGCUAUGGGUCUGUGUAUGUUACCCUGAAAAAAAUAUAUAAAUGAGACUUAAAGAAAAUGAAUUUAUGACCUAGUUGUUAGGCAGAGCUCAGGAAUUACGCAACAGUGAAAAAGACGACCAUGUUGAAAAGUGCUAUUUUUUAAUGAACGUGAUGUACGAUGUGGACUAGGAAGUUCCGAUCAUUUUGUGUUUCUGAGAGUGUAGGUCAUAAGGCUGCUAUGGAGUGACAGUCCUGAUGAAUUGCAAUAAAUAGUCGUGAGCCUCCCUGAGCGGGAGGAGGAAGGUCUAGCCUGAAAGCACCUUGCAUCUAGUUCUCACACUUGAGUGUAUGUUUGAAUACAAGACUGGUCAACCCAAGAGCAGGCAAAACCGUCAGCGUGUGUCUGUCCCCACACACAUGCACCACCACCUUAAAGGCAAUUUUCAGAGUUAAAUCCUUCAGUU